GAUAAUAGUAGUUUUAGUGAAGACAUUGAGUGUUGGAGGACAUUAUUGCAGCGAAGCCGGGGCGGUGUCGAGAUCUCGCGAGUGCUGCACCUCUGAGGAGCGGGAGACCCGCGGGCGCCGGCGGAGCCUCGCCCGAGCAUGCUCCUGCAGCAGUCGUGUGCGCUGCUCACCAAACACACAUAAACUACCGGCAUGUCUGUCGCGUCGGCGAGCGGUAGUGCGAGCGCAGGCGGGGGCGCGCCCAGCGGUGGGGGCGCGGCCAGCGGCGGGGGCGCGGGCGGCGGGGGCGCGGCCGGCGUGGGCGCGCUGGGCGGGCUCGGCGGCUCGCUCGAGGACAAAGACUGCGACCUGCUGUGCCCCGUGUGCUUCGAGCUCAUCGACGAGGCCUACGUGACGCGCUGCGGCCACUCGUUCUGCUACGCGUGCAUCAGCAAGGCGGUGGAACUACACCGCCGCUGCCCUAAGUGCGGCGCCGCGCUGGCCUCGCGCGAGCACAUCUUCCCCAACUUCCUGCUGAACGAGCUGGUGGCUCGGCGGCGGGUGCGAGCCCGGGGCGGCCCCGGCCCGCGCGGGCCCAGCGUGCGCGCGCUCGUGGCGGCCGAGGCCCGCCGCCUGCCGCUGGCCGACGUGGACGCCAUGCUGGAGCUGCUGACGCGGCGCAAGCGGCUGCUGGAGGCCGAGUGCGCGGCCGCCCACCACCGCCUGCUGUACGAGUUCCUGGCGCAGCUGCACCGGCUGCGCGCGCAGCAGCUGCAGCAGCUGGCGCGCGAGGCGGCGCUGGUGCGCGGCGACAUGGAGCACGUGGCGGGCGUGCUGCGCGACCUGAAGGCGGGCGCGGCGGGGCUGGCGCGCCUGCCCGACCCCGGGCCCGACGCGGCCCCGCCCGGGCCCGACGCGCCCGCCGGCGACGCCGUGCGCGCGCUGCGUCAGGAGCUGGCCGACCUCGCCGACAGCGUGGGCGACGCCGCCGCACACACUGAAGGCGGCAGCCUGGUGGGCUCGGAGGAGGAGAGCUUCGCGGGGGGCGGCGCGGGGGCGGGGGACGCUCUCGCCGCGCGCUGGAGGAGGCUGCACGCGCACUUCGAUGACUUCGUGCAGUGCUACUUCGCCCACCGAGCAGACGAGCUGUAUUUCCCCGGGUCGUCGUCGGCCACGCCCGCGCCGCCCACCUUCACCCCGGCCGAGCCCUGCGCGCUGCUGGGCGCGCCCCCCGCGCCCCCGCCCGCGCCCUCCGCGCCCCUCCUGCCGCGCGCCAGACGAGCUCACAGGCGACCCCGGGCCCAGCCUGGGCCCACGCCUGGACCCACGCCGGCCCCGGACGGGUCCCCGGGCCCCGACCUGGGCCCAGGCAGCACCCGCAGCGCCAGCCGCGGGCGCGGGCUGGACGCCUUCCGCGAGGACCUGCUGGCCUUCACCCGCUACCGCGCGCUGCGGCCGCUCGCCACGCUCUCGUACUGCAGCGACGCCAUCAACUACUCCACCAUCGUGUCCACCAUCGAGUUCGACAAGGACGAGGAGUUCUUCGCCAUCGCGGGCGUGACGAAGCGCAUCAAGGUGUUCGAGUACGAGAGCGUGGUCCGCGACUGCGUGGACGUGCACUACCCCUGCGCCGAGAUGCAGUGCUCGCACAAGAUCUCGUGCGUGUCGUGGAACGCGUACCACAAGAACGUGCUGGCGUCGUCGGACUACGAGGGCACGGUGAGCGUGUGGGACGCCGGGACGGGGCAGCGGUCCCGCGCCAUGCACGAGCACGACAAGCGCUGCUGGUCCGUGCACUUCAACCGCGCGGACGUGCGCCUGCUGGCCUCGGGCUCGGACGACGCGCGCGUCAAGCUGUGGGCGCUCAACGCCGAGCGCUCCGUGGCCACGCUGGAGGCCCGCUUCAACGUGUGUUGCGUGCGCUUCAACCCGCGCUCGUCCUGCCACCUGGCCUUCGGCUCGGCCGACCACUGCGUGCACUACUACGACCUGCGCGCGCCGCGCCAGCCGCUGGCCGUGUUCCGCGACCACCGCAAGGCCGUGUCCUACGUCAAGUUCCUGGACGCGCGCACGCUGGUGUCGGCCAGCACGGACUCGGCCCUGAAGCUGUGGCGGGUGGAGUCGCCGCGCUGCGUGCGCUCCUACGGGCACGCCAACGAGAAGAACUUCGUGGGGCUGGCCACGGACGGGCGCUACGUGGCGUGCGGCUCGGAGAACAACGCGCUGUACGUGUACUACUCGGGGCUGUCGCGGCCGCUGCUGGCGUACCGCUUCGACGCCGUGCGCGGCUUCCUGGAGCGCGAGCGGCGCGACGAGGAGCCCAGCGAGUUCGUGUCCGCAGUCUGCUGGCGGCGCGCGCACGACACGCACGUGCUGCUGGCCGCCAACUCGCAGGGCACCAUCAAGGUGCUCGAGCUCGUCUGAGCGCGCGCAGACUCUCAUCUAUA